CUCCAUUCACAGUGUGGCUGAAAGAGUUGGGGGUUGAGAAAAAGAGAGAGAGAUUUGGGUGAAUUUCCAUUAUAUAUAACAGAGAGAUCUUCAAGAGAUUGUUGAUAAUCUGUGAGUGAGAAUUGAUAGAGAAAAUGGCAGACGGGGUAAGUUUUCUGCCGGAGACGACAUUCACGGCUCGUGAAAACAUAAUGGGUCAAAUUGGGUUAAUGUGGGAGCUAAUUAAACAGCCAUUGAUAAUCCCUGUUCUUUGGGUAGCUGUUUAUUUAUGUUUAGCCAUGUCAUUGAUGCUGUUCAUGGAAAGACUUUAUAUGGGUAUCGUGAUUAUACUUGUUAAACUUUUCUGGAAGAAACCAGAGAAACGUUAUAAUUGGGAACCGAUGCGUGAUGAUAUUGAAUUCGGCAAUGCUGCUUUCCCUCAUGUUCUAAUCCAAAUCCCCAUGUAUAAUGAAAAAGAGGUGUACAAGAUCUCCAUUGGAGCUGCCUGUAACCUUUCAUGGCCGUCUGAUCGUUUGUUGAUUCAAGUACUGGAUGAUUCAACCGAUCCUAUCAUCAAGGAAAUGGUGGAGAAGGAAUGCCAGAGAUGGGCAAGUAAAGGUCUGAAUAUAAAGUAUCAGAUUAGAGAAAGCAGGGGAGGAUAUAAAGCCGGAGCUCUUAAAGAAGGAUUGAAACACGAUUACGUUAAACACUGUGAAUAUGUCGCCAUCUUCGACGCCGACUUCCGGCCGGAACCGGAUUAUCUCCGACGAGCCAUUCCUUUCCUUAUUCAUAAUCCCAAAAUUGCCCUUGUUCAAGCUCGCUGGAGAUUUGUGAAUGCUGAUGAAUGUUUAAUGACAAGAAUGCAAGAGAUGUCAUUGGAUUAUCAUUUCAAAGUUGAACAGGAAGUUGGAUCAUCUACUCAUGCUUUCUUUGGUUUCAAUGGAACUGCUGGUGUAUGGAGAAUAGCAGCCAUUGAUGAAGCAGGAGGAUGGAAAGACAGGACAACAGUUGAGGAUAUGGAUCUAGCAGUUCGAGCUUCUCUUAGAGGAUGGAAAUUUCUAUAUCUUGGUGAUCUUCAAGUGAAGAGUGAACUUCCUAGUACUUUUAAAGCCUUUAGAUUUCAACAACAUCGAUGGUCAUGUGGACCUUCAAACUUAUUCAGGAAGAUGUUCAUGGAGAUUGUUAGGAAUAAACAUGUGAAUUUCUGGAAGAAGGUAUAUGUUAUCUACAGUUUCUUCUUCGUUAGGAAGAUCAUUGCCCAUAUGGUUACUUUCUGGUUCUACUGUCUUGUUCUUCCUCUCACAAUCUUGAUCCCUGAGGUUGAUGUUCCAAUUUGGGGAGCUAUCUACAUUCCUGCUAUCAUCACAAUCUUGAAUUCAGUUGGAACACCCAGAUCGAUUCAUCUGUUGUUUUAUUGGAUCUUAUUUGAAAAUGUCAUGGCUUUUCAUCGCACCAAGGCUUCCUUGAUCGGUCUACUUGAGACAGGAAGAGUCAAUGAAUGGAUUGUUACUGAAAAACUUGGAGAUGCUCUCAAGAACAACAAGUCAAAAGCCCCUAAAAAACUCUUUUUUAGUAAGAUGGCUGACAGGGUUUUAGUACAAGAGCUGUGUAUUGGGGCAUUUCUGUUCUUCUGUGGUUGCUAUGAUUUCCUAUAUGGAAAGCAUUACUAUUUCGUAUACCUAUUUCUCCAAACCAUUACAUAUACCAUUACCGGACUCGGUUACAUAGGCACCAUUGUUCCUUAAAAUUGCCACCGGGUCGAGUGGAAUCGAAUCGAUGGAGCUAAAGUCUUUGUCAUGAGUGUGCCAAGCUCUUCCUUCAGCCAGAAUCAUUAGUUCGGAUCAAUGGUUUAGUUCAUUUUGGAGUGGUUAUGUGGACUGGCCGGGUCUUAGAUUAUUAUUAUUAUUAUUACUACAUCAAUAAACUCAAUUUAUUUUUAUUUUAAUAGGUGAAGAUGAAACAGCAAAAGGUUUGUUCAAUUAGAGAAAAAAAAAGAUUAAUUAGAGACUUGUGUUGAUUUUUUAUUUUAAACAGAAAAGAGAAUGGUUUGUAAUAUGUCUUUGGGUGUAUUUGAUUUCUCUAUUCAACUUUUUGCUAUAGAAAUUUGUAUGGCUAGAA